UCAUGAGCCUAGCUAGAUUACAAUUUUAUGGUUUUUCAUGAUUUAUUUUUGCACCAAUAAUUUCGCUUUUUUUGCUAUAAUAUAAUGCCUGAAUCAUCAUUCGUAAUCACAACCAACACACAGCUGAUAAUUAAAAAAAAAAAAAAAAAAAAACAUCUGUUGCGCUCUUUCAUUGGUCCGAAGAAACGUACAACGUUCUGACAAGCGCAAAUCAACAACAACCGAAAAAUUUCUCUCUUUAAGCUGCUAUAAAACCAUCGCAUUGACUGUCGAGCGUAACAAAAAUAAUUUUGUUGCGAUUGUUUUGUUUGCUUUACUGAUAAAAACAAGACUAUCUUUAAAUUGUUUUUUUUUUUUGGGUGAAUCUAUAUGGUAUUUUCAGCUUGAAUAGGAUCAGUGUUGUCCAUAAAUUAGCACGCAGUGCAAGCGACCGAAUAAAAUACGCAACAUAUUAGAUUUCACAGAACGCAUUAACCUAUUGACCUGACGGAAAAAAUGGAAUCCACAUCAACCAAUAAUCAAAGCGGCAGAACAUAUGCCGACUUUCGUGUAUUGUACUUAGUUUUACAGCUGAUCGGCUGCACACUACUCAUUCUGAUGCUAUGCUGGGUAUUCGUUUAUCUUGGAGGAUUGAGCUGGUCAUCGCAACCACGAAUCCAGUUUAAUUGGCAUCCACUGUUAAUGACGCUUGGAAUGGUUUAUCUUUAUGGAAAUUCCAUAUUGGUCUAUCGUGGCCUUCGAUAUGCCCGAAAACGUAGCUUGAAAAUCUCUCACGCCUCAAUCUUCGGUACGAUUAUGUUAUUGGCGAUUAUUGCAGCAUGGGCCGUUUACGAUUCACACGUUCUUGUCGAUCCACCCAUUCCAAAUUUGUAUUCGCUUCACUCCUGGAUCGGCCUAAUUGCCAUCAUUCUGUUCAUUUGUCAGUGGAUUUGUGGUUUCUUCUCAUUUUUAUACCCAAUAAUACCGCCACAACAACGAGAACAAUUCAUGCCGUAUCACGUUUACUUUGGACUGGCCGGAUUUGGGGCAUCAACCGCUGCAGCACUAUUGGGCUUAUGUGAAAAGACCAUAUUUAAACUUGGUGGAGAAUACUCCCAAUUGCCAAGUGAAGCUGUUAUGGUUAAUAUGAUUGGCGUACUUAUACUAACAUUUGCUGCAUUAGUAUUGUAUUUGGCUACGAAUCGUCAUUUUCGACGCAUUCCGUUGCCCGAAGACACAAUUUUAUUGACCGGGCACGACGAAUAAACAUGAUAUUGUCAUUCUGACGCCAGACAAAAAUAGAUUGAAUAUUCAACCCGUUUUGGGACUUAAGCGCACCAAUA